UCUUCUCUCUGCUAAUAAAAGGUGGUUUGUUUUCCUCUUUUCUCCGCAAUCGGUUUCCUCUUUCAUUGUGUUUUGUGGAAGAAUCUUUCUGAUAUUUACGCCGUUCCAGCAACGGCUACAUUGCAAAAAGUGGCGAGGAUGCAGGGAGAGAGGGCAAGUAUCGGUUCUUUAUCAGAGGUCAUGAACUUUGAGCAUGGUUCUACAUCUAAUAGCAAUCCUUUGGUAGAUCAGCAGAUUCGUUGGGAGAAUCUUCACAGUCAUGGUGAUAAUGAUCUGCAGAACUACAUGAAUUCAGCUCCUGCUGCUGAUACAAACACUACUUUGUCAAACUCAGUGUAUCAUGAGCAACGUGACUUACACAGGUUUACCCUUGGUGAAUCUAGCUCUAGUGGUACUAAGAACGAAACCCCAAGUAGUCACAGUGAGCAAUGGAUGCAAAUUGAACGUUCUGAGGAAAGAAGAAACGACAAAAUAGAGUUAAACCCUUUGUUUAUGCAGCAACCGUCUAGUGGAAACAGAGUUGUUCGUAAUGUCAAUCUGAAUGCAGAAUAUAUUGAGCGUGCUGAGGAUAUGAAUCAAGUCACAGGUCAUCCUGGUCUUGUUCAGGUUAACAGACCAGAGAACAAUGCUAGAGCUGGUUGUAAAAGAAAAGCUAUUGAUGCUGGCAUUGGUCAGUCAUCAUCAACCGGAGCUUUUCAUGAGUUCCACCGUGGAGAGAGCAGUUCUUGGGUCUCAGGUCCUUCGUUUUAUAACCCAAAUGACUUGAACAUAUCUCUUAACCAUGCUCCAAGUCGGUUGGUUCCAAAUCUGUCUCCUUCUCCUGCCAUCUCUAGCAGAAACUUCUCUUUCGGGGCUGCUCAACAAGAGACAGUAAAUCCAUCUGUUUUCUCUGCGGGAAGUGUUAUCAGACAACCAGUUGCUCCAUCCAUGAGCGCACCACCACCUCUAGAUCAACAGCUGAUGGACAUGAGCUAUAGACAUGCUUUUAGCAAUUUUACUCCUCUAAACUCAAAUGCUUUUGCUGCUAGUAUACCUCCUGUUUCAAGAAACAUGGUGCCACCAUUUCAAUGGAGUGGGAACCCAGUAGCAGCCGUUCGAUCAUCUGCUCCCGCCGUUGACAGAAACGUCCUUCGUCCAGGUGAAUCCAGGCUAAGAAGCAACAUGCUAGCAAAUCCUUUAUUUGUUGCAGCUUCUGAACCGAGGAACCUGGCCCACGGUCAUGUAAGUGGCGGUGGACAGGUUGCUGCAUCGGCGAGUGUGCAGCCAUCAGCGUCUGGUCCAACAUGGACUCCUUACCAGAAUCAAUCGCCACCUAAUCAAAGGAGAUUAUCUGAACAUCGUCGUAGGUCGCUGAUUUCUUCCUUUCUUACAAACCAGAGAGCUGCUGCUCGUUCCAUGGUCUCUCCUCCCACUCCGGAUCAGCAUGUGCUUCAGCCUGGCGGUGAUAACACCUUUCAGACACAGAAUCAGGCUCACUCGAGAGCAGUACCAAGACAAGGACAAACUGCUGUUGGAGUUCCUCAUUCUUUGCGUGGCUUGGCAUCCGCAAGUCGAGGAAGAAGCAGACCUUCUGCAUCUGAGAUCCGCAAUGUCUUGGAUCAUAUGCGUAGGACAGGGAACUUGCGUUUGGAGGAUGUUAUGCUUUUCAAUCAGUCUAUGAUGCUGGGUGCAACUGAUGUUCAUGACCGGUAUAGAGACAUGCGCCUUGAUGUUGACGACAUGACAUAUGAGGAGUUGUUGUCUUUAGAAGAGCGGAUUGGAGAUGUUUGCACCGGUCUGAAUGAAGAAACCAUAUCAAACCGACUGAAGCAAAGGAAAUACACUAGUGGUAGCAAAUCUACACAAGAAGUUGAGCCAUGCUGUGUUUGUCAGGAGGAAUACAAUGAAGGAGAAGAAAUGGGGGUGCUGGAAUGUGGGCAUGACUUCCACAGCCAAUGCAUCAAAGAAUGGCUGAAGAGGAAGAAUCUUUGCCCGAUCUGCAAAACAACAGGGUUAAACACUGCAGAGAAGCCAAUAAGAUAAUGAUGGUAAAACCUUAAGCUGUUCUUGAGUUUUUACCUUUCGUCGAGUCUUCUAUACCAUUGUAACCUCAUAAAAACACCAAAAGGGCAGCUUUGGUGUUUGAGGUUUGAUGAUUUGGAGAUGGUGAAAAGAAGGGAAGCAACUUAGGGAGAUGGGAAAGUCGAGGAGAAUCAAAGAAAAAAGAAACUUGGGUUCUUCUGAAUUUGUUUGGAUAAUUUAAUUUUUACCAAUUAGUUUUUUUCGUAUGAUUCCAAAAGACCAAAAAGUUUGUUAGUCAGUUUGAUAGAUUUUAUUAAUGAUUGAUUAUGUAAUAUACAUGUCUUAUAUAAUCGUAAGUGGAUCUAUCAGCAUAGCAAAAGCUAUGCAAAUUAUUUGAUUCAAUGAGGUAGCAUGAUCUCACCUCCUAGUAUCAUUUGAUUUAUACGGCUUUGUUCAUGGUUAAGAUUCCCACCACUCUGGUCAAAGUCAAGGUCAACAUCGUUGGCUAAACUUCCGUUGAGUAUUCUCUUCGUGGUUUUUAGAUGCAUUUUCCGAUAAACACUUUUUUCCG